UAGGGCCUUUAGCUAGGUCAUCACUUGUUCGGAGAAAAUCCUCCGGAAAAUUAAGCGGAAGCCCCACUUAAAAUCAGAUGAGUCAAAGGUUACCAAUGAGGGCCCCAGAUCAUCUAACCCAGAGGAAACCCCUCUACAUACCCCAAAAAGGGAGAAAACCCUCUGGAAAAUUAAGCGGAAACCUUACUUAAAAUCAAAUGAGUGAAAGUUUACUAAUGAGUACCCCAACCAUCUAAUUCAACAGAGUCCAAGACUACCUAUGAGUGUCCCAAGUCUUCUAAAUCUGAGGAAAACCUUCUUAUUACCUCUUACAUAGAAUAAGCCCUUCUAGUAACAUCCUCUAACUGAACAUUCAGAUUAGAACAUCUAAAUACAGAAGAAAGGGAACAACUUUUGCACGUCUUCCUCGAAUACAAAAAAAAACCAUAUUGUAGUAGUAGUAGUAGUAAUUGUGUAUAAGCAUAGUAGUAUAAGUCCCAUUGCAAUAUUAGAAUGUAAGAACCUAAUUAUAAGAGUCGCGAAUGUAAACAGUACACACACACUUGCUGAAUAAAUGAAGAGUCAGUCGUCGCUGAACUGUCACAGAGCGCACACUAAAGCUCAGAAGUGGUCGGACCUACCGAAGUGAUAAUUUCAAAAGAAAAAUAAAAAUCGGCAUUAAUGAAUUGUAAUCCUGGCAAUUACACAUUAAAAGAACUAAAAGCUCUGUGCGUACAAAACAAACUUAAAAGUAGUGGCACAAAAAUCGAAUUGAUUAAAAGACUUGAAAAUAUUAAAUUUGAGUGGUGCGCGCAUGAAAAAAAUAAAACAGCAAUGAAAAAAAUCAACGCCACAGAUCAAACCGGUAAAAUAGACAGGGAUGAAAACAACGGCAACGGCGAAGAACAAAGUAGCGAAAACGAGAUAGCAAGAAGUAGCGACAACGACGGCGACACGAUGACGGCAACGUUUGCACAUACAUACAAAGGAAUGCAAGAAACAGAAGGUUCGAGAAAAGUAACGGGAUCUUGCGAAAUAAUUGUUAAGAACGAAAAUGAGAUCGAGCAAUGUUCUGAGAGGCAGAUGGUGAGCGCCAGCAACAAUGAGUCCAACAAAUGUUUCGCGAUCCCGAUGGCUAGCAACAAUGAUCCUGAGAUGCAAAUGGCUGGCAUCAAGGAGCCGCAACAAUGUUUUGGAAACCAAAUUAUGCGCAACAAUGUAAUUGUGCAAGGCAGCGAUAUUCAAAGACUGGAAAAUGAGUUGAAAAUAUUAAAGCUGCAAAAUGAGAUCGACCAGUUAAAAAAUAAACAACAACGAAGUAACGACACAGACUCAAGCAUUUCUUUCGAAAUUUUAAAGGAGAUCGUUAAGAAAAAUUUCAAGGUCGGCGACGAGAUGAUGCGUGCGCUGAUUCACUACAAAGUUAAGGGCGAUGCUGAAAUAUGGCUGUAUUCAAGCACGAGCGCUACUAUGGACACAGCGGAUAAAAUGUUAAGCCACCUGGAAAAAAUGUUCGUAAUGUCCAAAGAGUCAAAGUUGAGUAUGCGGCAGAAGCUACAGAACUGCGUAUGGAUCAAAGGUGAGGAGUUCUCCAAGUACUACAACGAGAAGUGGCAGCUGGCGGAUAACUUAGCACUGGCAGAAAAUGAAUUUUUGGAAUAUGUCAUUGACGGCACACACGAUGUCAAUCUACGCAAUCUGGCUAAGUCGCGUUCGUUCAAGACCGGAUUGGAACUUUUGGAGGCAUUCCGAAACGUUGAGUUGGGCUACGUUCCUAAGCCCAAGUUACCGGAAGACCGUAGAGCAGGAGAUUUUCAGAAGCCACGAGGUAAUGCAGAGUGCUACAAUUGCCACAGUCGGGGCCACCUGGCCAAAGAGUGCCGCAAGCCUAAGAGACAAGAUGGGGCUUGUUACGCAUGUAGCUUGCAAGGACAUGUGGCUAAGGAGUGCAACCAAUACAAGAAGUCGAAGGGCGGGGACAACGAUUAUGUAAGUUAUAUUGAAUUAACAUUUUGUACAAAGAAUAAUAUGCUGAACCCCUUUUUUAUAGAAUGUCUCAUAGAUUCUGGCAGCCCGAUAAAACAGGAGCAGAAGAAGAUUAAGCCGCCACCAAUAUUUAUACGAGAGAAAACCUCAAGCGCACUGGUUAACAAACUAGCUACGAUCAUCGGAGAAAACAGGUUCCACGUUAUACCUCUUACCAAGGGAAACAUACAUGAAACGAAAGUGCACACUCCGGAUGAGUCUAGCCAUCGAUCAGUGACCAAGUACCUGGAUGAAGCUGGAAAGAGUUACUAUACCUACCAGCUUAAAAGUGCCAAAGGAUUGCAGGUUGUCAUUAAAGGAAUUGAAUCAUCAGUGACCCCAUCCGAAAUUAUUGAGGCACUAAAGGAGAAAAACUUUAAGGCAAAAACGGUGAUCAACAUUCUUAACAGGAAAAAAGAGCCGCAGCCACUCUUCAAAGUCGAACUGGAGCCAUCGAGUCAAAAAAUCAGCAAAAAUGAAUACGACCCCUUUGAUGCGUCCGACAUUCCAUUGUAG